GAUUUGUGCUUAGCGGAGGAGGACCCGCUUGUUGGCGCCCAGUAAUUGGUGGGAGGGGAGGCACGUGGAAGUCGAGGGAGGAGAUACAGACCCUUUAGCUACAUCACCCACUCGUGCGCGAGAGAGACCUAUCUUACCCCAAGGGUAAAAGUGGGAGGUAAAGAGACCUUCCGCUGCGUAAAAUCGGCUCGACCCGGAAACAGAGUCUUUUAAAAACUAUUCACACUCUGUAGGGGCGGGCGGAAUUGACGUGUUGCGAAGGCUGGAAGGCUUCGCAAGUUGCUAAGCGACGAGGCGGGAGAGCGCGCGCACGCACGGGCCGCUGGCGAGUACCUGAGGGAUUUGUGGCUCUCGCAGCUCAGAGACCGAAGACUCCCAGCGAGUGCGCCGCGGCCUGCCGGGUCCUCCUUCCCUAGUUGCCACGGGACCCUCCUCUCUAGGUAGUGUCCGGUGACGAGCUAAGCAGCUUGCGGGGACGCCCCUCUGAGGCGGCCAGCUGCCGCGCGUCUUCCCGACUCCCAGAGGCAGGACAGAGAUUUCUUCUACCAUCAGAUGUCUUUCUGCUUGACUGAACUGCACCUGUGGUCUUUGAAGAAUACCUUACACAUUGGAGACAGAGACAUAGGGAUCUAUCAGUAUUAUGAUAAGAAAGACCCACCAGUAUCAGUGACAGAGCAUGGUAACUUAGCAGAAAAGCAGAAACUGGCAGAAUCACGAGAUUAUCUGUGGACACUCAAAAAUAGACGCCCAGAGAAACUUCGAGACUCACUCAAGGAGUUGGAGGAAUUGAUGCAAAAUAGUCACUGUGUGCUGAGCAAAUGGAAGAACAAAUAUGUCUGUCAGCUCCUCUUUGGUUCAGGUGUGCUGGUGUCCCUAAGCCUCUCUGGGCCACAGCUGGAAAAAGUGGUGAUUGACAGAAGCCUGGUGGGGAAGCUCAUCUCAGACUCCAUCAGUGAUGCUCUUCUCACAGACAACUUUAUCAUCUUGUCAUUUUUGGCACAAAACAAACUAUGUUUUAUUCAGUUUACCAAGAAGAUGGGGUCUCCUGAUACAAACAAAAGACUGGAAAAACUCUCAGCCUUGGAUUAUAAGAUUUCCUAUUAUGAGAUACCUGGCCCAGUAAACAGGACAACAGAGCGUCGUCUUGCUAUCAAUUGUGUUCAGGAUAUAGUUGCUUGCUGGUGGCCACUGGUCAGUGAUGAUGCUUGGCCUUGGGCUCCCAUUUCCCCUGAGAAGGACAGAGCCAAUCUGCUGCUCCUAGGUUAUGCUGAAGGAAAACUAGAGGUCCUGAGUUGUGUCCGCACAGAAUGGGAUCUACUGGAUGUUCGCUUUGGCACCAAACAGCCUUAUCAGGUGUUGACAGUGGAGAACUCCAUCAGUGUAGACAAAGAGCCCAUGGCUGACAGCUGCAUCUAUGAAUGCGUUCGGAACAAAAUCCAAUGUAUAUCAGUAACUAGAAUACCACUAAGAUCAAAGGCCAUUAGCUGCUGCAGGAAUAUUGCUGAAGACAAACUAAUUUUGGGCUGUGAAGAUUCUUCAGUAAUUCUGUAUGAAACUCACCGUAGAGUAACUCUCUUAGCCCAGGCUGAACUUUUGCCUUCAUUAAUAAGUUGCCACCCAAGUGGUGCCAUUCUCCUAGUUGGCAGCAACCAAGGGGAGCUGCAGAUUUUUGAUAUGGCUUUAUCCCCAAUUAACAUCCAGCUCCUGGCCGAAGACCGCUCACCCAGCGAGACUCUACAGUUCAAUAAAUUCUUUGACAUUUCCAGCAGUCUUGUUCAAAUGCAGUGGAUAGCUCCUCAGGUGGUUUCUCAGAAGCCAGAAUGUGGGGACAUCUAUGAUCUCCUCUUCCUCAGGUUUGACAGAGGACCUUUGGGUGCACUUUUGUUUAAACUUGGUAUCUUCACACGAGGAAAGCUGGGCCUGACAGACAUCAUAUUCCAGUACAUUCAUUGUGAUGAGAUCUGUGAGGCAAUAAACAUCCUGAGCAGUAUGGACUGGGACACACUGGGCCACCAGUGCUUUAUCAGCAUGAGUGCCAUUGUAAACCAUCUUCUUAGACAAAAGCUCACUCCAGAGAGAGAAGCACAGCUUGAGGCAAGCCUUGGAACCUUUUAUGCUCCAACAAGACCACUCCUGGAUACAACUAUAUUGGAAUAUAGAGACGAAAUCAGCAAAUAUGCAAGAAGAUUCUUUCAUCACUUGCUCAGGUACCAGAGAUUUGAAAAGGCAUUUCUGUUAGCAGUUGACAUUGGUGCUCGUGACCUGUUUAUGGAUAUCCAUUACUUUGCACUAGAUAAGGGUGAAUUGGCACUAGCUGAAGUGGCAAGAAAAAGAGCUAAUGACAUUGAUGCAGAAUCAAUAACCUCUGGAGUUGAACUCCGGGGGCCUUUGGACAGAGGAGAUAUGCUAAAUGAAGCUUUUGUUGGCCUGUCUUUAGAUCCUCAAGGAGAAGACACAUUUCCAGAUGACCUUCCUCCCUUUUGUUCAAUUCAGAAACAUAUUAUUCAACAAAGACCAGUGAAUGUCUUCUGUGAUAGCUAAAAUCCUACAAAGAAUGUACAGACUAACUAUAUGAAGACUCUGGCAAGUAAAUAAUGACAGACAGAGUAAGGAAGAAGACCAGAAUCUGAAGUACCUCACUCUAUGGUAAAUUUACCAGAAUUUUUUCCUUCAUUUUGCCACAACUUGGGCCUGGAGACAGUUCCAGCCAAGGUGUGUGGCAGCAUGAGGUGACUGAAGCCACUGCUUCCUCGACUAGAAGGUACCAAAGGAGAUUACAGACAGGAAGGACCUCAAGAAAGUGACCCCAUUAAAUUAUUUAUAAACUCCAGUUUCAUACCCCAAUCCCGUGUAUUAUGGAUCUAACCUUAACCAGCAUAUAAAAGACUUUGAGAUCAAACUAACAUAUAAAGCAUCACCCAAGUUACAGAUUGACAAGUGGAUGAUACACAUUUGCAGAUAUAAACAGUAUUGCAAAGACUUUGAAAAAUGAGCUGACAUUGGAACCACAGCUCACAGA